AUGCACGCUACAAGAGUCCUGCUAGGCCGCUCAGUGUGGAAGGGCCCGAACAUCGUCCCCCUCCCCCUCCCCCGCCAACUCCCCCCGCCGCCCGGAACACCCCCAAUCAAGACGCAGAAACGGUCCGCGACGAUCCUGCCGAAUUUCGUCGGCUUGCGGUUCUCCGUGCACACGGGCAAGACGUACCAGGAUGUGCUGAUUACGGAUGAGAUGGUUGGUCGGAAGCUCGGGGAGUUUGCGCCGACGCGAAAGAAGUUCUCAUACAAGCACUCGAAGAACAGGUGA